CAAAACAAAUUACAGCUGUCAAAUAAUAAAUUCUCAUUGAUACGAUAAAAGUAACACAAGCAAUAAUUUUGCAAACCAGUUAAUUUGUUGUAGUUGCAAUUUUCUGAUUAGAUAUUGCUUAAUAAAAUAUACUCCACGAAAAUACAAAAAAAAUAGCAAAACGAUGUCGGUGCGCCAUGAUUGGUAUCAGUCCGAAACAAAGGUCGUGGUAACGGUUAUGCUAAAGGAUGCAGUCGGCAAAAAUUACAAAGUAGAUAUCCAGCCGGAACAUUUAAACAUGACAGCCGAUGGUUAUGAACUUGACCUGCAGCUAUAUCGUCCAGUGGAUGUUAGUAAAUCAUCACAUAAAGCAUAUGCAACAAAAGUGGAAAUCACAUUAAUGAAACAAGUUGGCGAACGUUGGGAGAGCUUGGAGAAAAAGGAACUACCACCACCAACAGCUGCACCACCACCAAUACACAAAAAGAAUUGGGACAGUUUGGCGAAGGAAGUGGAAAAGUCGGAGGAAGAAGACACCAAAAGCGAGGAGGCGUUAAAUCGACUUUUCAAGAAAAUUUAUUCUACAUCCUCGCCUGAGGUGCAGAAGGCAAUGAACAAAUCAUUUUCCGAAUCGGGUGGCACUGUGCUUAGUACCAACUGGGAAGAAGUGUCUAAAGAUAAAGUUGACAUUAAACCGCCAGAAGGUUCGGAAUUCAAAAAGUGGGAUUAGUUGCAUAGCACAAAAAAUUUUCGUCUUGAAAAGCGCAUCAUUUUUAAUUUCUGCUUUAUUUAUAAUGAAACGCAUUGAAUAAAAUAUUUUAUAGUCAAACAAA